ACAUUUUUUUACUUUCAAAUUUUAUGUAAAAUUGACGUGUAUAAUACAAAUGGUAGAAAUUUAAAUAGACUUUUUAAAAAACUAAACACUUUGCAAUGGAGUAUUUCAAAAGUGGUCUGAAAUCAGUAUUGGGAACACAACAGCCUGGCGUCCAGCCAACAGGAGCCGAAAUAGUCGACAAAUUGGUAGAUCGCGUGACACUUUCCACAUUGCUGGAAGACAGGCGAGAUGCUUGCAGAGCACUCAAAGCACUAUCAAAAAAAUAUAGGGUGGAAGUUGGGGCCCAUGGAAUGGAUGCACUUCAUCAAAUUCUCGAGACUGACAGGGCCGAUUGUGAAAUAAUUGGGUAUGCUUUAGACACCCUAUGUAACAUAACAUCACCUGAGAGGUUUGAUGAAGAAGAGGAGAGGAACAAUGUCCACAUUAAUAUAAAUGUUGGAGAACAGUUUACUGAAAUGUUUAUUAAAAACCCUGACAAUGUAACACUGGUACUGAACUUUUUGGAAGAAUACGAUUUUCGUGUUAGGUGGCCAGCUGUUAGGCUACUGACAUCAUUACUGGUGAAUAAGCCCAAGCAAAUACAAGACAUAGUUCUUGUAAGUCCAAUGGGAGUAUCCAGGCUAAUGGAUUUACUGUCUGAUAGUAGAGAGAUCAUUAGAAAUGAUGCUUUACUUCUACUGGUUCAGUUGACCAAAUCUAACGCCAAUAUUCAAAAGAUCGUCGCUUUUGAAAAUGCAUUUGAUAGACUUUUUGAUGUAAUAAAGGAAGAAGGUUACACUGACGGGGGUAUUGUGGUGGAGGACUGUUUAUUAUUAAUGUUAAAUUUAUUAAAAAAUAACACUAGCAACAUAAAUUUCUUCAAAGAGGGUUCAUACAUUCAACGUAUGGCGCCUAUGCUAGCAAUUCCUGAGAAUAUUGAGGAUGUGGGGUGGAGUCCUCAGAAAGUAUCCAAUAUUCAUUGUGUACUUCAAUUAAUUAGGGCCUUAGUUUCGCCUAACAAUUCUGCACAAAUAACAACUUCAUGUCAGAAAAAUUUGCGCAAUGCUAAUAUUUUGGAGGCCUUAUGCAGUAUUCUAAUGGCCAAUGGUGUUCCAGCAGACAUUCUUACUGAAACAAUUAAUACAGUGGGUGAGGUAAUUAGAGGUAAUUUAAAUAAUCAGGAAUUUUUUGCGGGCGUGAUGGCUCCGUCAACUCCUCCUCGACCAGCAAUUGUGGUCCUUCUUAUGUCCAUGGUAAACGAAAAACAACCGUUCUCGCUUCGUUGUGCAGUGCUUUACUGUUUCCAAUGCUUUCUCUAUAAAAACGAAAUUGGCCAACAGCAAGUGGUCCAAACAUUACUCCCAAGUACGUCAAACAAUGCAUCCUUGACGACUGGUCAGCUUUUAUGUGGAGGUCUCUUUAACGCCGAUCCUUUGAGCAAUUGGUUUUCAGCCGUUGCUCUAUCGCAUACGUUAAUUGACAAUCCCGCGCAAAAGGAACAACUUCUAAGAGUUCUACUAGCAACAAAUGUGGGAUCUCAACCUUUCAGUCUUUUGCACCAGUGUGCAUUGUUCAUGCAACAAGCAUCAAAGCUCCAGUCGAAACUGGGAAUGCUGAUGUUGCUCUCUACGUGGAUGUCGCACUGUGCUCCGGCAGUAAAGAUGUUCCUGAACGUGCCUGGCGCUAUGGCGUUUCUCACUGCUCAGACCUCUGCAACAGAGAAUGAUAACAACGAAGAAGUGUUACAAGGUCUUUGCGCGUUCUUAAUGGGCAUCUGUGUUGUUUAUAACGACAAUUCCGUUCAAAAUUAUUCCAAGGAGAAUCUAUCGCAGCUGAUAGAAAAAAGGGUUGGAAUCGAAACGUACGUCAAGAAAUUGGCAGAGGUGUCGCGGCAUGAGGUUUACGCGAAAGCUGCGAAACAACCCCAAAUUAAAGCUAAACAUUCCAACGAUCUGUUACUCGAGUUCGAAUUCUGUAAAUUAUUCAAAGCAUUGGAAGGGGUCAUUAUUCAGACAUUAGGUGCUCAAAAACAGUUGUCGAAUGGUAUGACAGAAUUAAGUUUGAGCGAGCAGGAGAACGGAUUGCUGUUACAGUAUAAAGACUUGAUUAGGGAACAAGAUAAUAUGAUGAAGAAUUUAAAUGCAGAACUCGGAAAAUUAAAAGAAGAGAACACAAAUUUGAAGACACAAUUGGAUGAAGUAUUACAAACUAAUUCGCAACUUCAAGACCAAAACACGCUCCUUAAAGCCCAACUUGCUGCGGCUAGUGGAAAUUCGGAUGUUUCACAGUUGUUGCCAGUUUCUACUGAUGCCACUUCUACCAAUAUGCAAAACGAAAAGUUAAUUCAAGAACUAGAAGAAAAAGUCAAGAGACUGGAGGUAGACAACGAAAUAAAAUCUGAAGAAAUGGAGAAACUUCUGAAAGAUCAAGAAGACCUUUUGGAGCUCUUGACUGAUCAAGAUGCUACACUUAAUAAGUAUAAAAAUAGACUGAGAGAGUUAGGAGAAAAUAUUGCCGACGACGAUGGUGACUCUGAUAUAAACUCGGGGGAAGAAGUUGAGGGUGGCAUCACCAAGAACUGACUUGUGUCAACGUACACUAUGUAUUUAUGUAUAUUUUGUAAACAUAAUUUAUGAGUAUGUUUUAUUUCGUGAAUUAUCAAUAAAAAAAGUGGUCACUAU